AUGGCGAAUGCAACUAAUUUGAGAGAGUUGAAUCUCGAACUGCCAACUCAUCUGGACAUAUCAAGCCAUUUCGAACCAACUCGUUUGGAUUGCAUGCCACUUGGUGGUACACCGUUGGCGUUUCCAUUCGCAUAUUAUCCUCACAUGAAGUUCCAACCUUUGGAUGUUUUGAGGGUGAAGGGGUAUUGCUUCGAUAGUGGAGCUGAUGGAGGAGAUGCUUGGACUCGGCGCCCAUAUAAACAAUAUCGGGAAGGUGAUUGCCGGAUGUUGGAUGAAGAAGGAAGAAAUAUUUACGAUCAAGUGCAUCCAUUUUAUGCAGAUAGACCUGAAGACGAUGGAAAGGCGAACCUAGAAACCUGGUUAGAGGUCAUGGACUGGAGUCAUCUCCAUACUUUGGAACUGGCAUACCCAUGGAACACGACUCUGGAGAAAUUGAAAGGAGCAACUCUUCCUGCGUUAACAAACCUUUCACUAACCGUCAAAGUUGGACAUGGAAACGCACAACCAGGAGAGGUUAUCUCCUUCAUAACGAACACAUCACAACCUCUCCAGUAUCUGUCACUCGAAGACGAACAAAUGAGCGCCAGUAUCCUUUUAUUCGAAACUCUGGUCGCUUUUCCAGAUCUCGCAAAAGAGCUGCGCCACCUCUCAUGUCAAGAUAGCGAUAAAAGUGCUGGCUUCAUUCGCGACGAUCUAGUCUCGAAGUUUGUUCUUUCAGCAUCUCAGCUUGAGGAGCUAGACAUUAGGCUUAGUAGCAGAGUCAAUAUGUCCAUAGACAGUACAGUACUCGAAGCAAUCGUCAAAGCUCCCUCAUUGAGAAAUCUCACGCUCAGAUUUCCAUCUCCAGAUGAUGAGUCAUCUGUGCAGUAUGGUGAGAUGGAGCAGGAGUCGUUCGAAAAGGAAGAUGAGGAUCGAUCAAUUAAAUAUAUGAAUCAUGCUAAAGUACUGGUAUUGUUCAAGGAGAUGCGGCUGAGAAAACAGGGAGUUGAGCUGGUGGAGAUGCGUCUGUUCGUGAAUGAGGGUCGACCCAAUCGUGCAUCAAGAUUUUCGAACCACUCGCCAGCACUGAAAUGGAAAUGCACGAUUUGGCGGGGAGUGGAAAGCUGCACAGUGAGGAAGAAGAGCUCAUUUUAUUGA